AAAACAUAAAAUCAUAUCAUUUCAAUUUGUUCCUAGUGAAUCCAGGUAACAUUUCAUCUUCUCUGUUGUCUUCUCUCCUGGUAUCAUAUCUUUUUCUUAAUUUGUUUUCUUAUUGAUUUUAUCGUCUGAAUCUAACAGUGACCAAAAAUGUCACACAAUUACGUGGUAACUGCUCAUAAAUCAUCUACAGUAUCAGCAUGUUGUACCGGCAACUUCACAUCACCCACAGAUCUCAAUCUAAUUGUAGCCAAAACUACUCGUUUCGAGAUAUAUUUGGUUACCCCAGAAGGUCUUCGACCGGUUAAGGAAGUAAAUGUUUACGGCAGAAUUACAAUUAUGAAAUUAUAUCGACCUAAAGGGGAGGUUCAAGAUAGGCUUUUUAUUCUCACAUUUCGUAAUCACAUUUGCAUUCUUGAGUGUGUCAGAGAUGGUGACAAUUUUGAUAUUAUUACGAAAGCCCAUGGUGAUGUUGCUGACACUGUAAACCGUCCAUCUGAAACAGGUUCGAUUGGAAUAAUUGACCCUGAAUGUCGAUUAAUUGGCCUUAGAAUUUACGAUGGAUUAUUCAAAAUAAUACCUUUAGAUUUAGACAAAGGAGAAAUGAAAGCCUUUAAUAUUCGAAUGGAAGAUAUUUUGAUUCAAGACAUUCAAUUUCUUCAUGGGUGCUCUGCUCCAACACUGGCAUACAUUUCACAAGAAAAUACAGCUCGACAUGUCAAAACAUUAGAAAUUUCACUCAAAGAUAAAGAAUUCAUCAAAGGCCCCUGGAAGCAAGAUAAUGUUGAAAGUGAAGCAUCCAUUUUAAUUGCAGUGCCUAAACCCUUUGGCGGUGCUUUAGUUAUUGGCCAAGAAUCUAUUACCUAUCUUAAUGGCGAUGCAUAUGUUGCAAUCGCACCCCCAGCUUUACGCCACAGCACGGUUGUUUGUUAUGGUUUAAUUGAUAGCAAUGGGUCUCGUUAUCUUCUUGGUGAUAUGUCAGGAAGACUAUUCCUCCUUUACCUUGAAAAAGAAGAUAAACCUGAUGGAGGAGCAAAUGUUAAAAGUUUAAAGCUCGAAACCUUAGGGGAAUGUACCAUACCUGAAUGUCUUACGUAUCUUGAUAAUGGAGUUGUCUACGUUGGAUCUCGUUUAGGAGAUUCACAGCUUGUAAAAUUAAUACUGGAACCUAACGAGCAAGGAUCCUAUCUCGAAAUUAUGGAAAGUUUCACUAACCUUGGACCAAUUGUAGAUAUGUGCGUUGUUGACUUAGAGCGUCAGGGUCAAGGUCAAUUAGUGACUUGUUCAGGAGCUUUUAAGGAAGGAACUUUACGAAUUAUUCGUAACGGUAUCGGAAUCCAAGAGCAUGCUUCUAUAGAUCUACCUGGUAUCAAAGGUAUCUGGCCCCUCAAAAUCGGAUCUGCUGACAGUAAAUAUGACAACGUUUUGGUCUUAUCAUUCGUUGGUCAAACUCGUACUCUACUUUUGAAUGGAGAGGAAGUUGAAGAAACCGAGAUAUAUGGUUUUGACAAUACUCAACAAACUUUAGCGUGUCAAAAUGUUUCUUUUCAUCAAGUUAUUCAAGUAACACCAAAUUCAAUUGUUCUCGUGAAUGCAGAAACUAAAAAAUCACUCAACUCAUGGAGUCCCCCAUCAGGACAAACGAUUUCAGUUGUAUCAUGCAAUGCAACUCAAAUUGUCUGUGCAGUGAGAAAUAAACUUUUUUACAUACAAAUCAAGGAAGGUUCUUUAGUUCAGAUCAGUGACACUACCUUAGAGCACGAGAUUGCUUGUAUCGACAUUAGUCCUUUAAAUGAAGAUUCUGAUUCUACCGAGUACUGUUGCGUUGGUUUAUGGAAUGACAUUUCUAUCCGUAUACUUCAACUUCCAAAGCUUGAAGAACUACACAAAGAAAUGCUCGGUGGAGAGAUUAUACCACGUUCGAUAAUCGCUGUGACAUUUGAAGGAACCAAGUACCUUCUUUGUGCUCUUGGUGAUGGUUCAUUGUUUUAUUUCACCCUCCAAAUUCGACCUGAACAGAAUCUUUGUUACGUUACCGAUAAGAAAAAGGUUACUCUUGGAACCCAACCCACUGUUCUUCAAACUUUCCGAUCCAAUGUUACUGUCAACGUAUUCGCUUGCUCUGAUCGACCAACUGUUAUUUAUAGCGCUAAUCACAAACUUGUUUUUUCUAAUGUUAACCUUAAAGAAGUCAAUUAUAUGUGUCCCUUAAAUUCAACAGCAUAUCCUGAUAGUUUAGCUCUUGCCAAUGACAAUAGUCUCAUCAUUGGUACAAUUGAUGAGAUUCAAAAGCUUCAUAUUCGAACUAUUAAUCUUGGUGAGUCACCCAGAAGAAUCGCAUAUCAGGAGCAAACUCAAACUUUUGGUGUCAUAACUAUGCGACAUGAUAUACAAGAUAUUGAAGGCUAUGUCCCUGCUCGUCAAAGCGCAAGUACAACAGCUCAAAACACUUCCCAUGCACCUAAUAUGGCCUCGGCUAUAAAGCCAGGCAGCAGUUUAUCAAGCAAUGCAGGUGAUCAACUUGGUCACGAAAUCGAAGUCUUCAGUCUUCUUAUCAUUGAUCAACACACCUUUGAAGUUCUUCAUGCCUUUCAAUUUACUCCUGCCGAAUGUGCGCUUAGUAUUGUUUCUGCUCGACUGGGAGAUGAUCCAAAUGCUUACUAUAUUGUUGGUACUUGUUUUGUUCAUCCCGAAGAACCAGAACCUAAAUUGGGUAGAAUAUUUGUUUUCCAUUGGGCUGAUAAUAAAUUACAAAUUAUCGCAGAAAAAGAAAUUAAAGGUGCACCAUAUUCUUUGUGCGAAUUCAACGGUAAACUGUUGGCUAGUAUUAAUAGUACUGUUCGCUUGUUUGAUGGUGCCCAAAAAGAUUUACACAAUGAGUGUAAUUAUUUCAAUACUAUACUCGCCUUAUACCUGAAAACCAAAGGUGAUUUUAUUCUUGUCGGUGAUUUGAUGAGAUCUAUUAGUCUUUUAGUAUAUAAACAAAUGGAAGGUAACGUCGAAGAGAUUGCCAAAGAUUUUGAGCCUAAUUGGAUGACGGCUAUAGAAAUUCUUGACGAUGACACCUUCUUAGGAGCAGAAAACAACUUCAAUCUAUUUGUUCGUCAAAAAGAUAGUGCCGCUACAACUGACGAUGAGCGAUUACAGUUGCAAAAUGUUGGACAAAUUCACAUCGGCGAGUAUGUUAAUGUUUUUAGACAUGGGUCUCUGGUCAUGCAGCAUCCUGGAGAAAAUACCACCCCUAUCCAAGGUUCUGUUCUAUUCGGAACUGUUUCUGGAGCAAUUGGGUUGGUUGCACAGCUGCCUCAAGAAUUCUUUGACUUCCUUCUAGAAGUCCAAACAAAACUAGCCAAAAUUAUCAAGUCAGUUGGAAAAAUUGAUCACUCAGCAUGGCGAUCUUUCCAUACUGAUAGAGUAACUGAACUUGCAUUUGGGUUUAUCGAUGGAGAUCUAAUUGAGAGUUUUCUUGAUUUGAGUCGAGACAAAAUGGCAGAAGUUGUCCUAGGACUGAGUAUCGACGAUGGAAGUGGAAUGAAAAGGGAUUGUGUUGUUGAUGAUUUAGUCAAGAUUGUUGAAGAGCUCACAAGAAUUCAUUGAAAAAUUAAAUGUUGUCCUCAAUGAAAUAUAACCUCAAAUUUAUGCUGGAUUCCUCAAAAUAACGGACUUUUCAGCAAAUAAAGAACCAAUUUAAUUAAAAUCAAAGAGCGAAGAUUAAUGUGAACGUUGUCAUUAACUUUUGCAUUAUCGUUUUCAGAAUUUUUGUUGUAAUCUUUUUUUUCUGUUCAUCUCUCAUCAACUUUAACAUACAAAACAUAUAAUGAGGAGAUAGUGUUUAUUAAAUUCAUCUCUUGUCAUCUUAAUUGAAAAUUUAAUAAAAAAUUGAACGCCUUCAUCACAAUAA